AUGAGAGCGUUGCAUGUAAUUUUCUUGGUGAUUUGUUUCUACUUGAUCUACUCGGUGCUUGCCGGUGUCCAAAGUAAUAAGGCUAAUCCUACAGAUGAUGUGCCAUCAAAAGCGGUAGGCAAAGAGGAAGAAGAUUCAAACAGAUGUUUGUUAAGAAAAGGAAUUUCUUUGUGCCAGGACGAAAGGUUUAAGCCAUUCAAUAUGUCGGUGUGUUGGAGUGAAUUCCUUAUCCGCAAGAUAGGCAAUUACGACUGUGAAAAAAUGAAUACUGAAUAUCAGCACGAUAUAGAAGCUCAAAAAGGAGCAAAUAUGUCUAGAAAACAGAGAAAUAUAGAUUAUAAAAGUGCAACAAUAGAUUAUAUAAACACAUCAUUAAACAUACAGAAUUUAACAAUAUUUCGAAAUCUUUAUGAUUUCACUAAGGACUUAACUUACAGUUGGGUCACAAGCUGGAAAAAAGAAAAUAUAAAACCAAAUUGUAAGUUUGACUCGAAAACGAAAGAAAAGUAUUAUUCAGCUUUAUCAGAACUUGUCAAUUCAUUACCAUUGUGCCCCUGCCUAUAUUCAACUGAAAAAAAAGAGUUUUGGAGUAUCUGGGACGAAAAUAGUAAGAAAAAUUAUUGGCGAGUUAUUAAAAUGAUGGCAUCGGAUAAGGGCAAUAGAUGUAUUAAAAAUCCGUAA